ACCUUGGCAACCGCAGCGUGGGCUUGCGGUACAGCGUCCACAAAAGCCUGUAGGAAACAAGUAGCAAGUAUGGUGGUAGUGCGAUGGCUUGGGCGUGUACCUCUGAUUGCGGUGUUAGUCCUGGCAUUCAUGGCUUGUGAGGCUUCCAUGCACAACCCGCGAGGGAAGAAAGCUCUAACCAUGAAGGUGAACUACCUGACGCAUAAGGCCAAGAAAGAGGGGGUCAUCAGAAUGAGUACCAGCAUGUUUCAUCACUACGUGUUACAAGCGCCAAGCAACUACUCUAUGAUUGUGCUGUUCACCAUGGGUGAUAAGCUCAUGAUGUGUUCCCUGUGCACGCAGGCUGCCAAAGCAUUUCAGCUCCUGGUCAGCUCCUGGCAGCACCCCAGUGCCUUUACAACCAAAGUGUUCUUCGCUUUAGUGGAUUACAGGGAGAGCCCUGAGGUCUUUCAAAGGUUCCAAGUGAGAAGUGUCCCCAAGUUCUUCUACUUUCCUGACAAAAGGAUACUGUCCACAGAUGACAUCCUUCACGUGGGUGAAAAGGGCAUCACGGCCGAGCAAAUAGCCGAGUGGGUGGCCAAGAAAGUGAAGGUGAACAUCGCCAUCAGACAGCCUGUACCCUACGGCCGCAUCACAGCGGGGGUGCUUUUGGUCCUGCUGGGCGGCUGUGUGCUGUCCUGUCGCCGCAGUCGAAAGCUGCUCUGCAGCAACGUCUUCUGGGCAGUUGUGGCUCUGCAUUUUGUGAUCGUGAUGACAUCCGGCCUAAUGUGGGUUCAGAUCCGAGGGGCGUCAUUUGGCGAAUGGGACCGUUACACAAGACGGAUGCGUUACGUUGCCUGGAGGAGUUCCGUACAGUUUAUCCCAGAAACGUACCUCGUCUCUCUGCUCAACAUGUGCGUCACCCUGGGCAUGGUGCUUUUGGAUAAAGCUGCCACGUGUCGCUGGGGCGCCGUCAAGACGACGGCGAUGUGUGUGACUGGGAUGGGCCUCAUCGUGAUCUUCUUCGGCUGCUUGCUCUCUUUGUUUAAGUUUAAGCAAGCUGACUAUCCGUACGGUUUUACCAUGGAUUAAAAAGGAAAAACGAGUCACAGAGUGGAACAAGGCAUUGGAAAUCAUGGGAGACACGAUCCCUCCCAAGGAACACAAAAUGUCUUGAUUGAAAUAAAUCACAAAC